UCUGUUUCUCAAAUCUGUUUCAGUUCUCGGCUCCACACUUCACAAUUAUGUGUACAGGUGCAUUUUACAGCAGAGAAACAAAUAAAUAUACCUCCCAACACAGAAAGUGUUGGUUUAUCUUACACAUUUAAGAAUCAAGAACACUUGCAGCAUGAAAAUUCCUGUACUCUUUCAGUUUGAGACCAACGGAUGCUUCAGGGCUUGAUCAGGACUGCUGAUUCACAACGAAAGGGAGAAAAGGAGGUUAUGUUAAAGCUCACCUAUUUGAUUAAGAGCCUUUAUCUUCUGUUCAUGCAUUUCAACAUUAACUAUUCAAGUUCACCGCCUGCACAUCCUAAGAUUUCAAUACAGUCUGUAAAUAUGAAGCACAUUUUGAUAUGGAGCCCUUGGCAGGUGUCCUGUUCAACUGUCAACUACACUGUGCAGUUUCAGGGAGAAUAUGAGUUACACAAGCUAAACGGAACUUGGGUGGAUGCAUAUGAUUGUCAAGAGAUCAGUGAAAACCAAUGCGAUCUGACUUCUGACCUGGCAUCUAACUCUGAUUACUACAUCCGCGUGAUGACAAAAUGUGAUAACAAGACGAUAUGGACUCGACUACCACUAACAUUCAACAGGAAAAACACUGUGUUACUGGCUCCCGUAAUGACAACGGUUAUAGAGGGAGACCUCGUUCAGGUGGGAUUUAGCCCAAUUCUUCCUGAUAUGACCGUAUACAUGGAGUCCUGGAGUGAGGGAGAUGAGCAAAACGCUCUAAUUCAUGUGAUCAGAAACUAUCCAUACCAUUUUACCAUUGCCACCCAUCGAGGAGAAAAGAUGUGCUUUAGGGCAGAAGCACUUGUGGAGGCCAUUAACAAGAGCUGCAGCAUUCAUACUCGGUGCAUCAGUACGCAGACAUCAGAAAACUUUGCAAUACUAGUUGCAGUGAGCAUAGCGGUGGUGGUAGUCGUUGCCUUGGCUAUUUUUCUGGGAUGUUCAGCAACACAUUUUGGUCCAUAUAUAAAACAAACCAUAUGUCAGAGAGAGCCACUUCCCAAUGUACUGCUUGAUGAUCGGCCCAUCAGCACUUCUAUCCUCUAUAUAGAUGUUUCUAUGGAGCACACCGACACACUUUUGGUGUUCUGCCCAGCAGAGAGUCAGUACACAGGUGUGGAGGAACCAGCCUGAGUGAAGCUAUUUACAAGAGGCUGAAAAUUAAACUAAAGUUUGUUGUGAGGAUAGAAAGCUGUUAUUGUUUACAACCAAAUACGUGUUAAUUUAAAAUACAUGUUGAACAUAAGGUUGAUAUUAAAGUAUUUGGUGGAACAAGUUACACGUUUAACAGAAGAAGGUCUACCUCUAAGAAGAACAUUUCGGAUUUUGUUGGUCAAACAAAUUCUCAUAUCUAUUCACUGCCAAAAAAGGUUUUAACUUAAAGUUUUUAUACUUUUUUUAAUUACUCAUUUCACAUGAGUUUGCAAUCAGCUUUUUGGUCCUGGUGAUUUGCUUAAAUGAUAUCAAGAUAUCAUGCUUUGUUGAUGCAAUGGUUUACGCACCACAGAAACACAACUGUUAAGCACUUACUUUAGACAUUUAUCAGCAUCUAUGUGCUUCUGUUCUUCUGAGCACGGAAAGCCAGAAUGUUUUUCAACAUUUGUUUUCGAACAAGUGUCAAAAGGUUUACUAAUGGAAAAGUAAAAAAAACAUUAGGAACUUUUUGUUGUUGUUGAUAUUUUUAGUUUGUUUACAAAUAAGGCUUACACUGUUGGAAUUGCUCCAGUAGUUCUAUAAAUACAAAGUAGUAUUCUGCAAUUUUUGUACAAGUUUUUGUAAGCUAAUAGAGUUUGUGUUUGUUUUAAUGUAUUUGUACAUUAUGAAGCCAUAAUGAGUCAAAUUCAGUUCAACACUACGCAGUAAUAUUCAGGAUGUUUAAGAGCAAGAUUGUAUAU